CUGUCGGAUCAACGGACACACACACACACACACACAUUUGCCGCUCCUGCUGGAACAUUACAGGCGCGCGGCUGUUGUUGCUUUAUAUUGUUUAUAUUAGUUUGCUGGAACAUCUCGUGCAGCACGGAGUAACGGUCGCAGCAUCCCCGCGCAGGAGUGAAGCACGGAACGUGAAGCGCAGGUUUUGUUCAGCUGAGGAUUUCGAGUGAAUACAGCCGAUCGAGUGCAGGGGAGGACACAGCAGAGCCGUCACGAUGUGCAUUUGACAAAUACCCGGGGGCCAUACAGGCGAGCUGAUGAGGAUGACGAUGGUGAGUGAGCUGAUGGUCUGAUGGUUUGGUAAUAAUGGAUGUUCCCAAUGGCCAGCCCAGCAUCUCCACCUUCACGACCCCGGCCUCAGAGAGGAGCAGCAGUUCUGAGUCCCUCAGUGAGAAGGGCCCAUCAGAGCUCAAGAGCUUUGACGCCGUGGUCUUCGACGUGCUGAAGGUCACACCAGAGGAAUAUGCAGGUCAGAUCACUCUUAUGGAUGCUCCAGUGUUCAAAGCCAUUCAACCUGAGGAGCUCUCUAGUUGUGGCUGGAACAAGAAGGAGAAGCACAGUUCAGCGCCGAACGCCGUGGCCUUCACACGACGCUUCAACCAGGUGAGUUUCUGGGUGGUGAGGGAGAUUCUUCAUGCUCAGACUCUGAAGAUCAGAGCAGAAGUGUUGAGCCUCUAUAUCAGAACAGCAAAGAAACUGUGUGACAUGAAUAACCUCCAUGCAGUGAUGGCGGUAGUAUCUGCUUUACAGAGCGCUCCUAUCUUCAGGCUCACCAAGACCUGGGCUCUUUUAAGUCGGAAGGACAAGGCCACGUUUGAGAGGCUGGAGUAUCUGAUGUCUAAAGAAGACAACUACAAACGCUUGAGAGAUUACAUCAGCAGCCAGAGCAUGACGUCCUGCAUCCCGUAUCUGGGUAUAUAUCUGUCCGAUCUGACCUACAUCGAUUCGGCAUAUCCCUCCACUGGCAGCAUUCUUGAAAACGAACAGCGUUCCAACCUCAUGAACAACAUUCUGAGAAUCAUCUCAGACCUGCAGAGAUCCUGUGAAUAUGAUAUCCCAGUAUUGCCGCAUGUCCAGAAGUAUCUCAACUCUGUUCGCUACAUUGAGGAAUUACAGAAGUUUGUGGAGGACGACAAUUAUAAGUUGUCCCUAAAGAUUGAGCCACCAGCUACCAGCACACCUCGCACCACUGCCUCUAGAGAAGACCUCACAGGUCCAGAAACAUCUGCGUCACCGUUAUGUGGUCGUCGUGGUAAUGUUGCCGAGGGUGCCCUGCCUAAAGUCCCGCCAACACCCCCCUCACCCCGGAACCUCAUCACCUAUGGACACAGGAAGUGCCACAGCCUCGGCUACAAUUUUAUCCACAAAACAAACACGGUGGAGUUUAAAAGUGCAACGUUUCCCAACGCCGGAUCCAGACACCUGCUGGACGACAGCGUGCUGGAAAGUCACACACCCACACGAGGGCAGGCGGAGAGCUCAACACUGUCUAGCGGCAUUUCCCUGGGAAGCAGUGAAGGCUCGGAGCUCAGUGAGGAGAUGUCUUGGCCUGCCUUUGAGAGGACUCGAUUCUACCACUCUCUGGGCCCAGUCAGCAGAGUGGGCCGCAUCUCCUGCAGAGGAGCGCUCAGGCCCAGCAGCUCUGCCGAGUCAGAGGAGCUGGCGGUGCAUCUUUACCCAGGAGCCGUCACAGUUCAGGGCGUCUUACGCAGGAAAACAGUCCUCAAGGAGGGCAAGAAACCCACGGUGGCAGCGUGGACUAAGUAUUGGGUGGCUCUUUGUGGUACUCAGCUUUACUACUAUACUGCCAAGUCCCUUAAGGCCACAGAGAGGAAGCAUUUCAAGUCCACCGCCAGCAAAAGUGUUUCUGUUUUGGGUUUAAUGGCCAUGAUGGCAGACGACCCGGAGCAUCCCGACAUCUUCCUGCUGACCGACUCGGAGCAUGGAAACUCGUAUAAGUUCCAGGCAGGGAACAGAAUGAACGCUCUGCUGUGGUUCAAACACUUGAGUGCAGCUUGUCAAAGCAACAGGCAACAGGUCCCAGCAAAUCUAAUGUCCUUCGAAUAAGUGAGACCAGGACGAAUCAAAGACAUGGAGAGUUCAUGAGCAGCUGGAUGACAGGAGAGCAGAGGAAUAUGAGGAACGCUGGGGAAGGAGGAGAGACCAGAGAUAAAUAAAAGAGCAAAUGACUUGUGUUUUUGUGUGUGUUGGAGCUUUUCCACUGCCAUCACCCAGCCUGAACCCCACAGCAAACUCCUCGAGCACCACUGCCUUAACAAGCAGAGUGUGAGUGUAUGUGUGUGUGAAAGAGAGAGCGACGCAGCAGCAAUGGUGUCCCCUCCGCUGGUCUGACCUGAAAGGACCUUAUUCCUUUUACAUUUUAUUUACACUUCCUCCACUUCCUUCCAUCUGAUUCCCAGCAAGUGAGGAUCUUGGUUUCUUCUUGGGCUCUUCUUGAAGGAGUCUUGGACUCUUCAUGGACCUCUGGAGUUUGUUUACACCUUCUUUAUCUUGUUUGUUGCUUGAGUUUUAUGUAUUAACUGGUUGUAAAUCUAAUCCACGCUCCUCCUCCUCUGACAAAACACACCCUGGAAACUCUCAGACUCUCCAAAAUCGACCCUCAAACACAUAAUCGCACAAGACGUUGAUUGUGUCUUUGCACACUUGAGUUAGGCUCAUGCAAGCAUAACACACAAUUUUCCACAAGCAAGUUCAACUGCAGGAAAUGGAAGACCCUCAUAUAUUAAAACCCAACUCCGAAACGCAACCAGAAAGGGCUCCGAUACUCAAUGAAUUCCAGAUGAAAAGACUCUAUUCUUCUGAAUGUCCCCUUCAGAGUUUUCUUUUCAACUUCUAUUCUCUUUUAUGGAUUCUGUAGCUUUCUUUUUAGCUCAUAUCAACACAAACAUGUUUGCUUUGCUAGAAGACACCUGAAAUGUUCAAAACGACGGUGUGUAGGAAGAAACGAUUGAGAAAGGAAGAGCUCAUCAAGAUGUUUGAAGACUUCAAAACGUCAGCAAUAAGCACCGGUUUACACCAGUUCAUUUAAACAGUAAAAGAAUCGUUCGUUCGCUUCCGGAUUCACAAUACGAGUCGUCUAUAAGGACACACGUACAUAAACACACUUUUUAAGCUGUGAAUGUUAGUGGGCGCAGAGGUUUACAUCUCCAAACUUGUAUUUAGUACUAUUAUGUUUAGUUUUGUUUUGUUUUUUUCAAUCUACCAGUGGUUUUCCAAUGGAAUAUUGUGAACGGUGGGAGACGGAGCAGGAGAUAAGGCACUUGUGCGCUAGUGUUUUCUGCAGCAUCAGUAGCCCUCGUUUACUGCUGUUGAUGAUUUAUUUUUAUGUAAUGUUUUGCUUUAAUGUGGUUUUAUUUUAUUAUUUUAUUUCAGUAUUACUGGGAUAGUUGCACAUGUCUAGACUAUUUUAAUUGUCUGUUACAUUCACAUGUUACAUGUUAUUUUUGUCAUUUUCAUUUCUAAAGUAACGCCACCUCAACUUUGCUUCAGUAGGAUGUUGGAGAUGUUUUCUUCUUGUUGUUGAGCCAUUAAGGUUCUGUUCAUUUAGAGAACAGCUUUAUCAGUUUCUUUUGGGAACAAGAGAUAUGUCUGUUAAGCUCAGAACAAAUGAUUAGCAUUAAUGGAGCAGGAGACGUUAUCCCGCCGGACCAGGAUGUCUCAGGAUGUUUGAUUAAAUAGGUCCAUCUUUAUCUUUCGUUUUUAUGGUGACUAAAUCUUAUGGAGCCCCUAAAGGGACAUGGUAGUGGCUGAGGGUGGGGGUGGGGGGGAUAUGAGAUGAGAGGAAAAAUAAUAAGUCAAUGCAUUUGCACUCUCUUGCAAAUAUUGCGCUCCCCAAAGAAACUUUACGUUCUCUCACAAAACGUUUGCGUUCCACCUAGAAACUUUGCGUUCGCUCGCUAAACAUUUUGCGUUCCAGAGAAACUUUGCGUUCUCUCGCUAAACGCAAAGUUUCUUGGGAGCGGAAACAGUUUGGCGAGAGAACCCAAUUAGAAACAUUGCAUUUGCUGGCUAAACAUUUUGCAUUCCAGAGAAACUUUGCGUUUUCUCGCUAAACGUUUUGCGUUCUCUGGCUAGACAUUUUGCGUUCUCUCGCUAAACGUUUUGCGUUCUCUCGUUAAUUGCAAAGUUUUUUGGGAACAGAAAAUGUUUUGCCAGAGAACGCAAAACGUUUAGCAAGAGAACGCAAAACAUUUAGCGAGAGAACGCAAAACAUUUAGCGAGAGAGCACAAAAUGUUUUCCGUUCCCAAGAAACUUUGCGCUCACUUUCAAAAUGUUUUGCGUUCCCCUGAGAAACUUUGCGUUCUCUCGUGAAACGUUUUGCGUUCCACCUAGAAACUUUGCGUUCGCUCGCUAAACAUUUUGCGUUCCAGAGAAACUUUGCGUUCUCUCGCUAAACGCAAAGUUUCUUGGGAGCGGAAACCGUUUGGCGAGAGAACCCAAUUAGAAACAUUGCGUUUGCUUGCUAAACAUUUUGCAUUCCAGAGAAACUUUGCGUUUUCUCGCUAAACGUUUUGCGUUCUUUUGCUAGACAUUUUGCGUUCUCUCGCUAAUUGCAGAGUUUUUUGGGAACGGAAAAUGUUUUGCCAGAGAACGCAAAACAUUUAGCGAGAGAACGCAAAAUGUCUAGCGAGAGAAUGCAAAACAUUUAGCGAGAAAGCGCAAAAUGUCUUCCGUUCCCAAGAAACUUUGCGUUCGCUUUCAAAACGUUUUGCAUUCCCCUGAGAAACUUUGUGUUCUCUCGUGAAACGUUUUGCAUUCUCUCGCUAAACGCAAAGUUUCUUGGGAGCGGAAAUCAUUUGGCGAGAGAACCCAAUUAGAAACAUUGCGUUUGCUCGCUAAACAUUUUGCAUUCCAGAGAAACUUUGCGUUUUCUCGCUAAACGUUUUGCGUUUUCUCGCUAAUUGCAAAGUUUUUUGGGAACGGAAAAUGUUUUGCUAGAGAACGCAAAGCGUUUAGCGAGAGAACGCAAAAUGUCUAGCGAGAGAAUGCAAAACAUUUAGCGAGAGAGCGCAAAAUGUUUUCCGUUCCCAAGAAACUUUGCGUUCGCUUUCAAAACGUUUUGCAUUCCCCUAAGAAACUUUGCGUUCUCUCGUGAAACGUUUUGCGUUCCACCUAGAAACUUUGCGUUCGCUCGCUAAACAUUUCACGUUCCAGAGAAACUUUGCGUUCGCUUUCAAAAAGUUUUGCGUUCCCCUGAGAAACUUUGCGUUCUCUCGCAAAACAUUUUGCGUUCCCCUGAGAAACUUUGCGUUCUCUCGUGAAACGUUUUGCUUUCCACCUAGAAACAUUGCAUUCGCUUGCUAAACAUUUUGCGUUCCAGAGAAACUUUGCGUUCUCUUGCUAAACGCUUAGCAAGAGAACGCAAAAUGUUUUCAGUUCCCAAGAAACUUUGCGUUCGCUUUCAAAACGAUUUGCGUUCCCCCUGAGAAAAUUUGCCUUCGCUCACAAAACGUUUUUUUCCCCUGAGAAACUUUGCUUUCUCUCACAAAAGUUUUCAGCUCCUCUGAGAAACUUUGCGUUCGCUCACAAAGCGUUUUGCAUUCCCCCGAGAAACUUUGCAAAGUUUCUCUGGGAACGCAAAACAUUUGAACGCAAAGUUUCUCGGCAGAACGCAAAAGUUUUUGCGAAGAGUCUCGGGGAACACAAAACAUUUGCGAGAGAAUGCAAAAGCAUUGACAAAUAAUUUUUCCUCCAUCCCAUAUUUGUUUCCUUCCCCAUGUCCCAUUAGGGGCUCCUUAAGAUCCUGUUCUUCUGUUUUUCAUUGACUAGUUUAUUUUUCCAAGCUCAGCUCUACUGUUUCCAUUUGUGUGGAAUGCCAUACUGAGAUUCAGAGUCUUGUUUUAAACUCUCUGAGAAUAGGAGAAAAGAUCUUGGGCAAUAAAUGAAUCCAUGAUUCCAACUUUUAUUGAAUAAUGAGCGCAAGAAACUUCUUCCAGAUUGUUGAAGUGUUGCAGUAUCUUUCUUUGACCAACAAUAAUAAACCAAAUUGACAUGAAUAAAUGGUAAUGGAGGAGUUGGCAACAGUUUUAUACAAGGCCUGAAUUCAUCAACAAGUUACCGCCAUUUCCUUUGUGGUGUUUUUACGUGGAUUUGGGUGGAGAUGAUUGGAUGCUGAGGUAGAGGAAGUCUUACGUUGCUUGUCUUCUUUAAACAGAAUAUUUUUGUAAGGUGUCUUUGACAUAAAAGGGAGGAUUUUAUAGUAAAUGGGGCAACAAUGAGACAGUUGAGAAAUGCUGGUUGUGACAGGUUAGCUGAUCUGGGGUAGUUUUUGUUUACAUAAAUUUAUAGCUUUUAAUAUCAGGAGUUAGCACUUUGGGUUGUGAAGAAGCUCUGAGAUCUGCCACAUGAAAGAGACAAGAUGGUGAAAAAAGCAAUGAAAGUCAGUCAGCAGAAUGAGACACUCGAAAAGCUGUCGACAAAGCGUUUACAUGAUUGGAGAAAUGUUAUUUUGGCUCAAACUGUGAAGUUCUGUGAGACUGGUUUGUCGUGUUUGAGCUGUCGUCAUAGCACAGGCAGAGAAGUUUCAGAAGAUCUUGUGUGGUCGUGAUCAAAUGAACUUGGUGUUGAAAUGGAAAUUUUUCUAAUUAAAUGAAGUGGAAAAGUGCCUGUAUGCUCGUAAACAUCACGCCAGACACUGAUUUAUGCAUCUUGACAAGUCACCGACCUUUUCCAGCGAGGACUUGGACCAAAGUAAAUUACAAUGCUAUUGGCUCCGCAGCAUUGUCUAGCUUUCUUUCUCUAAAAUGUUCCUUAGACAUGGAUAGCAGUUGACGUUAUGGAAUAGUAAUAAACGGUGGAAUGGAAUGGUUAAUAAACAGAGACAGAAGAACAGUGGAAAACAUGACUAAGCUGCCUCUGUUAUGAAAUACAUUUUUGGACCUUUUUAAUUUUUUCUGGAUUUUUUUUUUCCCCCUCAGUUGUUUAUUUCACACUACAUCUCUUUCUCUCUCUCUCUCUCUCUGUGAACAAUAAUGAAAUUGUCCAUGACAUUUAUUUCAUGGAUUUUUUUUUCUGUAACUACAGUAAUGGUAAAUGUUAUUUUUGUUGCUGGUUUGUCUUUUUUUCCCCUCUAUACAGUUUACAGUUUUGUUCAGUCUUUUCAGUGAAAUUCUCCAACAUACUUUGUGCUAUUUGGUUUCGCUGUCUUUAUAUGUACAAUACGUGUGAUAUCAUACACACAUGUGAUAUUGACAGAUGGACUUAUCUUCUCUGCCACUUUCUUUGGCUGUUUGAACUUCACUGCAUCACAUGUUUAAUGUGGUGGUGUGUUACAAAGGACUGAUAAUGAUUUGUAGUGAGUUGUUUCAGAAACGAAUUUGAUUGUGUAUGUGUGCGUGUGUGUGUCUCACUCUGUGCCAUCCUGUGUCACCUGCUCCCACCCACCCUGUAUCCUCCCUGUCUGAUCCCACACCCACUGGGACCCAUGACCCAGGGUAGCGCUAUGACCUUUGACCUGAGAGAUGUGCUCCUGGGUUCCAGACAGGACAAAAAUAAUAAACACUUUUGGUUGUUUGUUUUUUUA